CAUAAAUAACUCUAAUAAAAGAAAGUCUUUUUAUAAGAACAAGAGCUCUCGGAUCUCUCUUACGCAAUGAUAAAUGCAAAGUGGCGAAAGAGGAUUUAAGAAAACUAGUAUGCGACAGUGCACGGUUUCUGCUAAUCUGUUUUCCACAAACUCCAUCAUCUAGUUAAGAGCGAUUUUCGCACUAUGGCGCACGAUGAAAAUCCUUCAAUCACUUUGCUUACAGUGAUAAUGGACGUGCCGGUAAACGCUUGUGCCGACACGGGUGGCUUCAGCCUGGUCUACAAGCAGGACCUACCCGACUUCCAGCCUUACCUUGGUCCCUGCCUUUUCGUGGCUGGUAAGUCGAUGACACUGCACGAGCGGUCGCCGGAACCAACGCCGAGGAAAGAAAAGAGGACAAACAUUUGCGGUCCCUGGAGCAAGCAGCAACGUGCAAGGACCGCCCCGCCCAUGAUCCUACGCUCGAGAGAACCGAACGUGGUGGAUCUUAUUGACCAUUUCAACGCCGGUCAAUGCACUGCGGCCAAUUGACGUGAGACCCUUUUAGUCGAUGCUAUCGGGUAAACAUGGAAGCGAUCGGAGGAGUGUCAGGCCAUUUCUUCCAUUUUUCAAGGUGCGUAUUCAGUUGCGAUAGGUUUAGAAUGGAACUUGAUAUAAUUGGCGCACGACAUUUUUGCCGCGCGUGUCAAGCUUUAAAUG